GCUGUAGCCCUCUGUCGUUGACAAGCCAUACUAUAUUUGUUUAUAUCUCUAUCUCCUCUUCGAGGGGGGUUGAUUUUCUAGUUGUUAGUGUUAAUGGUUAAUGGGAGGGAAAUUGAAUUUUCUAUCCACUCCAGUAAAGGAAAAUAACAAUAGCUGGCACAACAUUUACCAUCUGCUCUGCUCCUUUUUAAAAAAAAAAAAACAACAUCUGCUCGUUGUGGCUCGUGCUCGUGAAGGCAAAACAUUUGCUUUCAUUCAUUCCAGCACUCAUUAUGGAUCAUUGCCACCGUCUGCCAAAAACACCACGAAAUAAUGAAAAAACUAUGAAAUAUUCUGAAUAUUAUAAAAAAUAUGGUAAGCAUCGGAAUUUGGAGAAAUUUUUAAGAAUACAUUCACCGGCGUCUAGCGAGGCAAUAUCAUCAAACAGUAGCUGCGAAGCAUUGGCAUCAAUGAAAAAUUUACUGGGAGCAAAUUGUUGUAAGAGCAUGCCCAACAUUCGCGAUAAAGAUGAAGUACAGUUUAGUGGCUCAGUCAAGGAUAUUCUUGUUGAUAUCAAUAUCGAAUUGGAAGAUGAAUCGUUAAAGGUUGUUUGUAAUUCUAAUGAAAAUCUUUAUACUCCAAAAAAGCCAGCGAAUGGCGCAGACAUACAAGUUAAAACUCCUGAUUCCAUAGCCAAAACACAUAGACGUCUGGAAUGGGAUUCGUUGGGUGAUAUUGGUUACAAAAAAUCUAUGUCGACAAGUAAUAUAAGCGUGUUGGAGCGAUCUCUGCUCAAAGAAUUCUUCAAAGAAAGCAGUGUGACAUCAGAGCCCAGCAAGCUACAUGAAGAUGAUAAGGUAUUGGAAAAUAAUCUACAGUUGAAGGCACAAAAUAAGCAAUUGGAAAAUGUAAAGAAUAGUGCUAUGGAACAUGCCACACCUCCACUUGCUUGCAGCACUUUGGUUGAAGGUUUGUCGGCAAAAACAAAUACACGUGGAGCAAGACCAAAGAUGUUAUCCAAGAGCACAUCAUCAACGUCAUUACAAAAGAAAUUUGAAAAAUAUGCCCAGACAUCUAUGCUGAAGUCUGCAGCUGGUACUAAAUCUCAAGAAAUUCAAGUUUCCAUGUCAUCAUCAACAUCUGUUAUUGAGGGUACGGCAACACCUUCUAGUUUUGAGUACUACUCUUCGAGAUCAUCCAAGUCCAGAUCAUCUAUAUCAUCAUCUUCAGCAGCAGCCGCAGCUACAUCAAGUAAUUUUUCUAACACAAGUAUACCACCAACAGCCCAACAUCCAUUCAUCACCAGCAUUACCGAUCUUUUGAAGAAACGAAAGGCACUCAAUGAAAAAUCCAUGCAAAAAAGUAACACCCAGCAAACCAUAAAUGAGCUUAAGUCCCGAUUUCAAGCAGCUCUGGAGGAAAACAAAGAAAAUCAAUCGCAUACCAAUACCACAACCUCCACCACUAAUUCAUUUUCGUUGACACGACAAGCUCCGGAAUUGGAUUUGGGUAUACAAUUGAUAUGUUCUCUCAUUGAUGCUAAAAAGGUUAAUGAAAAGCAGAAGAAAAAACUAAUACGAGACAUUGUUAGGCGUUUAACACGUUUGAUGGACGAGCAAGGAGAGGAAUCGGCAUCUUUGGGUGUAAACCAUCAAGGCCAAAAUUCCACGUCUUCGGAUAAAUCAAAUGUUUAUGAUGCAGUAUAUUCCCGCCGGGGUUCAAGUUCCACCAGGAGUAAUAAUACAUUAGCCACGCAAGAUCGUAGAGCAUCACAAGAUUUAGUUGGAGAAAGAGAAUUGGGUCUUAAAUUAUUAGAUGGCAAUUAUUCAAAACAAGGUGUUGCCCAAUUGACUAGUAAAUCGAUUGAAGCUCAUGACAAGCCGAGUAUUGCAAUAAACACAAAUCAUCGUCGAAUAUCUCAAGAUAGAGCUCAAAAAAUGGUGGAAGGCAUUAAAUCAUUAAAUGGAAAUGAUUUACAGAAGACUUUAUCACAAGGUCAUGAUAGACCGCCCCGUGAUGGCAAAGCAACUCAGUUCCCUACGGAAAGCAUUAAAAGGAGAACACUUUGUGACAGAGGACAACAAACUAAUUCUUUGGAUUUGAAACCUUCGUCUUCGUCAUCUCCAACCAUUGUGUCCACAAACACACAUCACAAACAAGUGCCAAUUCUAGAACCCCAAGCAAUGAAAAAUAGCAAUAAUGUGCAAAAUGAACUAAUUAACGAACAAAUGGAAAGGGCAAAGAAAAAUGACUCUGAACAACUAAUAUUGAAUAUUAAAACAACACGCUCAACACAAACCAGUAAUUCGCCAAGCAGUACAAUGUCGAAAAAAUUGCAAAAGGCCAGCACGGCAAGAACCACUUCAGCAUCGGGAAACGCGACAACGUCCACGUCGUCCAGAUCAUCAAAUGAUUUGCCCACACAAAAGACAGUGCGAAAAAAUCCCACAAACUACGACACAGAUGGAGACCAAGCAACUAUGCGCGAAUGGUUGAAUCCCUUGACACAAUCAGAAAUUGAAUAUGAAGAAAAGAAACGAGAAGAAGAAAACAAAAAGAAGGCAGCCCAAAGGGAGGCCCUUAAACGGGAAAAAAGCUCUAAGAAAACUAAGCAACAUAGCUGUGGCCGAGAAAAACAAUUAAAUUGGAUUGAAAGUGAAAUACAUCGUCUGGAGUGUUUGAAACAUUUGCUACUUAAAGACCAAGAUCAUACCAAUACCUCGUCUAAUUUAUGUUCGUCAGAUCAAAGCCAUGUUUUGCCAAUUAAAGAAACUUUUAACUUAACACAAUCCGAUAAACUCUAUGAUUCGGUCUAUUCCGAUAAAUCAUCGGUUCUAAGUGAGUCAGCCGAACGUUUGGUUAAAGAAAUUCAAGUCAUUCUGGAAGAGUCCAGUGAGGAAGGUACACCAUUCAAUGAUAGUUCUAAACAGAAUGGCGAACAACAGGAAAUUGAGAAGUCAAUAAAUGUGGAAAAAUCUGAACAUGUAAUUAAUAGCAAUCCCAUACAACGACAAAAAAUUGAUACACCUCCUGGUGGCACAGAUCACAGUGAGGAAACUGGAAGUUUACGUGACAUGGUUAAGCAACGAAAACAAGAGUUCAUGGCAUCAUAUAAAACGAAAAAACAAAACCAUUAUGAUAUUUUAAAACAACAACAAAAAGUGGAGGCACGAUUUAAAUAUUUCCCCAUUGGAAAGGAAACGCAGGGUUAUUAUUCUGUUCCACAUACCAUGAAUCGGAGAUUUUCUCCCACCGAAUAUGCAUAUCCUCAGAGUAAUUUACCUCCCACUCCAAAGGAUAGGGAGAUAGGCAAUUCAUCAUCAUCUUCGUCACAUGUUAUUUACAGUACAACUGCGGCCACAGCUGCGGGCCUAAAACCAUCAUUUCCAAAAAGGCAAGAACUGGCGAAACCCUCAACCUCGGAUUCCAGAAUUGCUGUUACCACAACUUCAGCUUCAUCACCCUCAAUUUUUUGUAUGUCGUCCGAUUGCUCCGUACCAAUGGGUUCGAAAAAUAUCUCAUCAACACCCACAACAACACAUCACUAUGAUGAUGUUGCAGCUGCUGUGGCUGGUGUGGCGGUACAAACCUCAGAUUCUUGUCAUGCACAUAAACUACAACCAUAUAUAAGCCACUGUCCUCCUCGGCCUGGGACCACAUUUCAAACAUCCAUUGCCAAAGCGGCUGCAAUACAAGUCAAACCCAAAGGCAUUGCAUAUGUCAUUGAAUUCGACGAUUCCAAAGAGUCCAAUAACAAUGUCUUGAAAAAUACCCAAUCGGCUGGUACAUUUACCACCAACAAUCUUACAAGUUUGGAGAAAGAAGGACCACCGCAACUAACCUUACAAGAGCAUUUGAAACGAGCAAAACCCAACUUUUUGAAACACACUAAAGAACGUAAAGCCAUACUGAAUGAAUUGCAGACCAUGCGUCAGGAACGCGAUCGUCAAUUGAGGGAAAUUGUGGAUAAUACAAGUUUUAAUUCACUGGAACGUCGUCUAAAAUAUCUACCACCGCCACCAAUGCAAAAACUCCGUAUUCUAAAGACAAAGGAGAUGAAAGCCUUGACCAAUAAACGUGUUGCCUCUCUUCCCGAAGUUGUUGCCCGCAAACAACAGGAAUUAGAAGAGAAACGACGUCGUGGCAAUCGCAUAUUACGUGAUGUCUUUAAUUUGCGUCUACAAAAGCGUGUACGCAGUGGAAAACUAUCACUAAAUCAUAGCAAAGUUGUUAUUUAGAAAAAAAAAAGACAAUUCAAUAUUAUAGAAAAAAUAUUGAGGCAUGUCUCCGCUUGCAUUACAAAACAAAGUAUUUUUUGUUAAAAAAAAACAUAUAUUUUUUAAAAUUACAAAAACCUAUAAAUCUUGUUGAAUACGUUAUGUUUUAGAUAAUAAUUUUUGGUGAAAACAAAACCGAAUUUGUUUUAGUAAAACGUUGAAAUUUUUUUGAAUAAAAGAAAAACUAUUUUUAAUAAAAAGAAA